AUGAAGGAUAUAACAUCUUCUUGCAUGGUCGUGGCAACUCUAAUUGCCACCGUCACAUUUGCUGCAGCCUUUACUGUACCAGGUGGCAAUAAUGAAAUAGGCACUCCGGUAUUCUUAAAGAAUAGAUGGUUCACAAUUUUUGUUAUAUCUGAUGUGGUGGCAAUGUUCAGCUCGGCAACUUCCAUAAUGAUGUUCUUGUCUAUCUUAACUUCACGCUAUAUAGAAGAUGAUUUUCUAUUUUCAUUACCGGCAAAGUUGAUGGUUGGACUGAUUUCACUCUUUGCUUCAAUUGUUUGCGUGGUCUUAACAUUUAGUGCAACCUUCUUUUUGGUCUACAACGAGGAAAAGCAUGGGCCAUUGCCAAGACUUGUUGAUGCUCUUGCUUGGCUUCCGAUCACUAUUUAUGCAGUGCUAAAUCAUAGGAUAGGGAUUGCCCUAAUCCACUCGACUUGCUGGCCUGCUUGGGUUGUGCUUUCAAGUGCAACACAAGUUGAAAAGGUUUUUAUUUCUUAUUUCCAUGGUUCGAUUCGUGAGAUGUCUGUUUUACUUAGAGAUGGAGCAAAAUCCUCGGAGUUGGAUGAAAAUGGCCGUUUAGACGGCAUGAUGCCUACAAGCAUGACAUCGGCAUUUUCGAGCAGUGGCGAAUGA